AUGACCAGUUUGCGAGUGGGGCUCAAACAGUUCUCCAAUUCUAGCACUAAUAGUCCAUCUAUUAAAGUUCUCAAUGCGAAGAAGGCGAAUAUUGUUCAAAGUCUUACUCCUGUCACAGAGAAAGGAGAAAUAAGAAGAAAGGUGUCACUCAUUCCAGAGGGCAAGGAAAACCAGGAAACACAAGCCACUGUUGUAGUUAACACUACUUAUGCGCAGACUGAUGUUGUAGCCACGAAGGAGGCGCCUCCUAUAACUAAAGAGGAUCUAUUAUGCGAUGAACCAACAUCGUCUUAUUGGCGUGGUAUGGCAGAGAGAUUAGAAAAGGAGAUCGAUAUUGAACUCGAAAAUAGCUUCAACAAGUCGCUAGAACUGGAUAGGUCGUACGGAGAAUUGGAAGAAUCAAGAAACCGUUUGAAGGUACUAAUGGAUGUUAUGGAAGACGUGAUUGGUGAUGACCAGAAUGAGGAAACGAACGAAGAAAACGGAGAAAAAAGUGAUUGA